CUACGAGAUUGAAUCGAAGCACGGAGAGACAAGCAAUACUUUCUACAGCUCUAUAAGUAUUGUUUAAAGAAAGCUACAUAUCCAGUGCAGCCUGACCAAGUGCGAUGUCACUAAGCAAACACGAUAAGCUCGCCAUACCCCUCGUGUUACCCAAUAACUGUACUUGGGACGAGAAGACCGGAAAAUACAGCAAGAAACUGAAUGUCGAACGUCGAACUCUAACCGUUGUUCCUGAAGCACUGGAACAACUAAAAGAAAUCAAGGGUCCCGUAUGCGUUGUUUCCAUUGCUGGCCCUUGCAGAAGCGGGAAAUCUUACAUCCUGAGCAAGGUGUUUGAUCAGGGACAGGUGUUUCCAUUGGGUCAUCUUCUUGAUCCAGAGACCAUGGGAAUAUGGCUAUGGGUGGUGCCAGAGAAAUUCAAAGACAGUACAGGAAGAGAGUUCACAGUAGUUCUGAUGGAUUCUGAAGGCAUCGAUGCAGUUUCCAGUGAAGAUUCUGAUGAUCACAGGAUAUUUACUUUGUCAGUUUUGUUGUCAUCUAUCAUGAUUUAUAACUCUGCUGUUGUACCAAAAAGAUCUGAUCUUGAAGGACUGGACUUUAUUGUUAAACUGUCUCAACGCAUUCAACUGUACACUAACCAACCAACCACCGAUGAGCAGCAAUUCUCUGAAGCUUUUCCGUACUUUAUCUGGCUUUUAAGAGAUGUGCAGCUGUCUCUCCCUGAAGGGUGCAAAACGAUGAACGAUUACUUCAUAAAAAGUGUUCUCAACUUAAAAGCUGAAGGUAACACCAUGAAAGCCAAGAAGACUGCCGAGAGUAUUUUGAAGUAUUUUCCUGGAUUUUAUGCCUGUUCUCUUCCUCCUCCUGCUUGUGACGAUGAGAUUUUAAAGGGUCUCGAUGACGAAUCCAAAGUAAACCCAAAAUUCCUAAAGAAAGUUGAUGAAUUCAAAGAUAUCCUUCACUCGAAGCUGUCGUCCAAGAAGUCUAUCAACAAAGGAGAGUUCGUCACUGGCGAAGCGCUAGCAGCUCUGACCAAACGGUUCGUAGAGGCACUCAACACACCUGGUGCUGUACCCAACGUACAAAACGCCUGGGACACAUUUGUACAAACCAAAUGCAGAGAGGUCUUAGCUGAUGCUGUGCAGGUAUAUGAACAGGAAAUGAUGUCACUCGUCGAGAAGAAAAUUCCUUGUGAAGCCGAUUUGUUACGAUCUGCGCAUGACAACGCCAUGGAAAAGUGCCUUGAAAUGUUCCGCAACGAGACCUUCUCGUUUUCGAUCAAAACCGUUGACAAGUACUUAAAGGAGUUGGAGGAUCGAACAGAGUCCAUCCUGUCAUCAUGGCUCGAGAGGAACAGCAGAGAAACCGAAACCUUUUGCACUCAGCUUAUCAAAGAACUCAAGCGAACCAUCCUUGACCCAGUCCUUGCCCGCCUUCAUAGUCAAGAAGGAUCUAAGAUGCAGCGUAGUGACAUUGUUGAUGCUUACCAUGAAGUCGAGCAAAAGUAUUCCAGCAACGCUCGUGGUGCUAAGGACGUCAAGACAUCGGUGUUUAUGAAUUUUCAUCCGGAACUUAAAAAGGAAAAGAAGCAAAGCAUUGAACUCUUGCAACAGUUGAAGUACUACGAGGAGUCCCUGGCUAAGGCCGAAAAAGCCGCCAAAGCGGCGGAGGAAAAUACACAGAAGAUUAAGAAGGAAAAAGCCCGUAUUUAUGAAAAAGAGAAGAGGAACGCAGAAAUAGAGGUGGAGUUCUUGCGACACAUUCAAAGAAUGCGAGAAAUUGAGUUUGCAGCGAGGGUUUUUGUAAAUGUUGUGGAAUUCUUAUAUGAGACUAUGCAGAAUCCUCGGGGGCCGCCUUACUGGCACCGAUGAUGAACCGAUGAGGCGUAAGCGUGACAACUCCUGCAUGGUCAACUAUCAUGUAAUUUUGUAAAAACAUAAACAGUAACUUUAAGUGUAUUUUAGUAGACACUAUAAUGAUUUAAUGUUCAUCUGAUAUUCUCCAUCGGAGACUACUCUUUCUUUGGGCUUCCUGUGUCAUUAGAAGAUGGCACAGGUAUCCCGAAACAAGGACACUAUGCAUACUGUUAA